CUUGGAGCACGAGGCGUGCUUCAACGGUCGUCGUACAGGUCCGUGCAAGUUCAAGUCUUGUCUAGUCUUGAGGAGAGUCGAGUCAGAGCUUCGCCAGCAGUUAGUUACAUUCGUUCCGAAAGACUUUAUACGAAAGUUCAUUAAAUAUACAUAUUACCCAAGAGUCAUCUCUUCGAAUUAUUCGGACAUCCUUACACUAUCGUCGUUUUCAUAUAACAGAGAUGAACAUCCGAAUUUUGCUACUUCUCUUUUUCCUAACACUUCUUAUAACAGACGAUGUAAAAGCAGGAAGAUCCGGAUCCUCGCGAGGCUCGUCAUCACGAGGUUCGUCAUCACGCGGUGGUUCAUAUUCUUCUUCGUCUAGAUCUGGAUCAUAUGGGCAUGGAAGUUCAUCGGGCAGCCACACAACGAGCUCAAAAAAUAACGGUUAUGGAAGUUCAUCAAGUAAAUACACGCCAGGCUCAACUGGAUAUGGAAGUACAUCAGGUGGCCACGUGACAGGCUCAAGUUCUACUGGAUAUGGAAGUUCAUCAGGCGGACGUGCAACAGGAUCAAACCCAACUAGAACUUCAUCGAGUCAAACUUCGCAUCAGCAAAAUAAAGAUGCAUCCACGACUUUUUUACAAGCUGAAGGAGGAGGUGCUACGCGACCCUCUCAAACUAAUUCCGCACAAUCCGGCCGGCCAUCAGUAUCAUUUGGCAAUACAGGAACUUAUCCAGGGAAUCGUGGAACAUCAGGUGUUACAACCGAGAGUAAACAAAAUUCUGCACCAUACAGUCCAUCGGCACCAUAUAAUCCAUCAGCACCGCGUAAUCCGUCAGCACCGUACAAUCCAUCAGCACCGCGUAAUCCGUCAGCACCGUACAAUCCAUCAGCACCGCGUAAUCCAUCGGCACCAUAUAAUCCAUCAGCACCGUACAAUCCAUCAGCACCGUACAAUCCAUCUGCACCAUACAAUCCAUCAGCACCAUACAACCCGUACAGUCCAUCAGCAUCAUCUGCUAAUCAUGUGCCGAAAGCCACUGUGGUGCCUUCGCAAAGUCAUGCUCCGACUUCCUUCGGCCAACCAAGCGCGCCUUACAACCCGUCACAAGGAACUGCACCUAACAAUCCUUCAUGGAGCAAUCCACAUUUCAAUCAAGGAACUGCACCUAACAAUCCUUCAUGGAGCAAUCCACAUUUCAAUCCGAGUCAAUCUUACCCACCAGGUAAAUACCCACCAGGACCCAUUUCUACUAACAUUGGCUUCAAAGAUCAUCUGCGCCCUCCAACUUCGAUGCCCGUUCCUUCCGCACCUUAUCCACGUCCUCCUUACCCUAUUUCUGGUUCUAAUCCACAUCCUCCCCCUUAUCCAGGCCAUCCCUUCGGUCAUUCGAAUCAACCUCAUUCCACGUACAAUCCUAGUUACAACCCCGUUCCUGGUCAGAUUGGACAUCCUUCCAGUUACCCAGCGCACAUUCCACCACCCGUACCUGGUACAUUCGGAAAUCCUUAUUCCACGCACCCUGUUGGCGGAACAUACGGCGCAGCUGGACACAGCUAUUAUCCUCAACAACACGUCCUGGCGCAGCCAGCAGCACAACCGUAUAUACCUGGACAAACGGUCAUAAUGGUUCCCGGUAAACAAGACAGCGGCAGAGGCCUCGGUCAAAUGGUGAAGGAGGCACUCGUGUUCUCCACAGUCAACGCCGGGGUGAAUAGGCUGAUAAACCCGUAUCCUCAUUACGCGCAUGAUUACAGCAGUCCGGCGACAAGUAGUAGCAGCAGUCCUGGCGAAUCACAUAUAACUUACAAUAAUUAUUACAACACUGCUCCUACGGGUAAUGUUUCUCCGGCUUCGCCGAAUGCACCUCAGGAAAAUGUUCCCGUUGCAUAUCCCGCCAAUCCAGGUCCGGUGAACAAUCCGGUUAUUACUCCGGGUGUAUCAAUCCCUACAAUAGUCAACAACGGUAGCACAACAUAUCCAGUUGGCGGUUCUUCUGUAAACGCAAGGAGUACAGCCAAUAAUGAGGGAGCUCCUCCAGUUGUGCCUUCUAAUCCUGGAUUUCCGGCUGGCAAUGCAGUAAAUAAUCAAGGAACGUCUAAUCAAGGAACGUCUAAUCAAGAAACAACUAUUUCUUCUCCACUGUAUAAAAUAUCAGACAAUGAUUUAUCGACGUUGACCGAAGAGUUAUUCAUGAAACAAGAAGUUAAUAUAUCCAAGUAUUUGACGUUACAUCUUCAGAGUAAAUCUGUGAACGUAACCGAUGCAGCUAAAGGACCAUUGAUUUACGUGCAAGAAGAGGUGUACGAUUACCCAACGAUCUUAGGUAUUCGACAGCUCUACGACAAUUACGAACACAAUUCCACCGUGAAGGAGAUUCCUACGCCGGAAAAGCGAAAGAAAGAGGACCUUCUAUUAGAUGUGCUCCUGAACACGAACGUGAUGUCCAGAGCUAUGCGAUGGUUGUCGGAUCGAGGUUUCAUCGAUCCCGAUGAUUUCGAGAGGAAGGACACUUUGCGGCAUAUGUGGUUUAACACAUUCGACGGUGCCACCUCAGGGUUCGAGCGAGUGUUCACAUCCGAAAGAUAUGGUACGGAGCUUCUUGGAGUGCAGGACUGGAUCUACUUUAAUUAUCAAGAAUCGAAAAACCGCAUUGAUUACAUGGGGUAUAUUGAUACCAUGAAGCUUGGCGAUAGAGCCUCGUUGGUAAAAUUGAACUUCCAAAUGGAUGGUGUUAUUAGACCGAACGCAACGAUAUUCGUGGGCACACUUCCCGAGCUUGAGAUGUCCCUGUACACGAUAUGCUUUUACGCCAGGCCGAAUGAUCUAUGUCCCGUUUCUCUUGGUGGAAGCAAGUUUAAUAUUUUCACACAUUCGUUUAGAUAUUACGGGAAAGAUCUCAUAGAUCUUGCGCUUCCUAUUUUCUAAUUCUGUAUUGAAUAAAUUCUCGGAUGCAAUAAUAUAAGUUACCGAAUACAUAAUGUGAGUAUAAUUUUAAUAGAAAGUAUUAAAUGUUAAUGUAAGAAUGAUAAAAUAUAUGAAUUAACUUCUUUCGAUUUUUAUUCUUAUAAGACGACAAAUUUUGUUACAAUAAUGAAAAAAAUGUAUUGUAAUUUAUUUGGAAAAUUUAUACGGUCUUAUAGUACUUCUCUUGUAUAACAAAAAAUAAUAUGUUAAUUUUUACAAUUAAGUUAUAUCUGUUAUUACAGCACUUAAGAACGACAAUUGUAAUUUUAUAUUAAAGAAUAACCAUUUCA